AGCAAAGGAGGAUUAACAAUGGAAGAGCGGCUAAACAGAAAACCCCAUUGUUUGGUUUUGGUUUUUCCAACUCAAGGCCAUGUCAACCCUAUGCUUCAACUGUCAAAGCGUUUGGUUCAUAAAGGUGUGAGAGUCACACUAGUCGCCUCCCGCUUCCUCUGCAACACCUUGCAGUUCAAAUCAACCUCCAUAGCUCUCGAAAGCAUCUCCGACGGCUUUGACGACGGAGGACUAGCCGCCGCCGCAAGUGACAAAGCUUACGUCGAUCGUUUCUGGGACGUAGGCUCAAAGACUUUUGAAGAACUUCUAGAGAAGCUUACGAGUUCUGGGGAUUCAAUUGACUGUGUUGUGUAUGAUUCCUUCAUACCUUGGGCUCUUGAAGUGACCAAGAAGUUUGGGAUUAUGGGAGCUGUGUUUUUCACUCAAUCUUGUGCAGUGAACAGUAUAUAUUAUCAUGUUUAUCAUCGAAACUUGAAGAUUCCUGCGACUGAUGAUGAUAAGUCUGAGAUUUUACUUCCAGCGUUGCCUCCACUUGCUUCUUGUGACUUGCCGUCCUUCCUGUAUGUUUUGGGGCCUUAUCCAGCUUUUACGGACAUGGUUGUGAAUCAGUUCUCUAAUAUUGAGAAAGCAGAUUGGGUGCUCUGUAAUUCCUUCUAUGAGCUUGAACCUCAGGUGGCUGAUUGGCAAGCAAAAAUCUUCCCGCUGAAGACAAUAGGUCCAACCAUACCAUCAAUGUUCUUAGACAAGAGACUCAAAGAUGACGACGCCUAUGGUUUCAGCUUUUACAAUGAGGAAGACGAAGCUUGCAUGAACUGGUUAAGCGACAAGCCAAGCGGGUCUGUCGUUUAUGUCUCAUUUGGAAGUUUAGUAGCUCUUGACAGUGACCAAAUGGAGGAGAUAGCUUGGGGUUUGAACGACAGUGUAAGUUACUUCUUAUGGGUAGUAAAAGAAUCAGAGAAACCUAAGCUUCCUAAGGACUUCUUGAAGAUUUCUCAGAAAAAGGGCUUGGUGGUCACAUGGUGUACUCAAUUACAAGUGCUGGAUCAUGAAGCUGUGGGCUGCUUUCUGACACACUGUGGAUGGAACUCAACAGUGGAAGCUUUGAGCUUAGGGGUUCCAAUGGUGGCAGUUCCUCAGUGGACAGACCAACCCACAGAUGCAAAGUACAUAAAGGAUGUGUGGAAGAUUGGAGUGAAAGCUGAAGCGGAUGAGAAAGGAGUUGUGAGAAGAGCGACAGUGAAGAAAUGUAUAGAGGAAGUAAUGCAGAGUGAAAGAGGAAAAGAGAUGAAGAAGAAUGCCAUGAAAUGGAAGGGUGUUGCAGCAAAGGCUUGUGAUGAGGGUGGAAGUACUGAUAAGAAUAUUGAUGACUUUGUAGCAAGUCUUGCUGCAGCUUCUACCAAAUGCCAAUGAGAUAGAAGAAAUAAGUAUAUAGAAUGAUUUAUUCUUGAAUCAUAUCCGCUGCUACAUUCACAAAAAUAAAUGUGUGUUGUAUAUUUGAUUUGAAAACUGAUUGUGAGAAAAGAAUAAAACGCAAAAAAGACGUGAAUGCAUGUAUUUCUCUCUGUGAUUGCAUCUAUGUUACCCAUAUUUUGUUUGUACUUUAUAUGGGUUAUGCUCAUUUCAAUUGAUUAAAGUGCAAAUGUAAUGCUGAAUA